AUGGCGGUAGGAGGAAUGCCGGCAGCAAAGGUGCUGGCAGGAGAGGUGCAGGUAGGAGGAAUGCCGGCAGGAGGAACGCCGGCCGCAGAGGAAGGGGCAGAAGGGGCCCGGGCAGGCGAGCGCGGCCGCGGGGACGCGCCGGGAGGCGGCCCCGGGCGGAGCCGGAGCCGGUGGCGGGGCCGGGCCCGGGGGCGGAGCGGGCGGCCGGGGGCCACCAUUGGCUGUCGCUAUGCGGGGCCGCGGCGGGCGGCCGGCGGCGAGGCGGGCACGGCGGGCGCGGCGGGCGGCGGGCAGGCCAUCGUCUGGCGCAACGUGGUGCUCAUGGGGCUGCUGCACCUGGGCGCCGUCUACGCGCUCAGCCUGGUGCCGCGGGCGCAGAUCCUCACCCUGCUCUGGGCAUAUUUCUGCUUCCUGAUGACGGCUCUGGGCGUGACGGCUGGUGCACAUCGCCUGUGGAGCCAUCGUUCCUACAAAGCCAAGCUGCCUUUGAGGAUCUUUCUGGCUGCAGCUAACUCCAUGGCUUUCCAGAACGACAUCUACGAGUGGAGCCGCGACCACCGCGUGCACCACAAGUACUCGGAGACGGACGCGGACCCGCACAACGCCCGCCGCGGCUUCUUCUUCUCCCACAUCGGCUGGCUGUUCGUGCGCAAGCACCGGGACGUCAUAGAGAAGGGCAGGAAGCUGGAUUUCACUGACCUGCUGGAUGACCCUGUUGUCAGGUUCCAAAGAAAGUAUUACAAGAGUUCGGUCGUGCUGAUGUGCUUUGUGAUCCCCACCUUUGUGCCGUGGUACCUCUGGGGCGAGAGCCUGUGGAACGCCUACUUCCUCGCCUCCAUCCUGCGGUACACCAUCUCCCUCAACGUCACCUGGCUGGUGAACAGCGCCGCCCACAUGUACGGCAACCGCCCCUACGACAAGUACAUCAACCCCCGGCAGAACACCCUGGUCACGCUGGGAGCCAUUGGUGAGGGUUUCCACAACUACCACCACACCUUCCCAUUUGACUACUCAGCCAGUGAGCUGGGCCUGAAGUUCAACCCCACCACCUGGUUCAUUGACUUCAUGUUUUGGCUGGGGUUGGUCACUGACCGCAAGCAGGCUCCGAAGGAGAUGAUCCAGGCUCGCAAAGAAAGGACCGGAGAUGGCAGUGCCUGAAAAGUAACGCUUUGCUGUGCCAGCGCUGCUGUACGCGUGGGUGGGUGGGUGUGAGUGCAACCCCGUGCCUGUGGUGGAUUUACCUCUUGGUAAAAUUACUUUUUUUCAGAUCAAUUGGGCUGAAUUAAUACCACAGGAACAGAUUCAGCCACAGCUUUUUUUUUUUUUUUCCUUAUUAGCUGUCUUAUGUCCAAACUUUAAGACUAUUAAAUGUAAAAAUGUUACAUAUUAUUUAAUAUUGCAGUUAAACAGGAGAGAGAUUUGAUUUUAGUCACUGUAGUUCAUGUCUGAGAUUCGUUGUAAUUUGCUUGUUCAUGGUAAAUGUUGGCAGGUUGAAGGAACUAACUGUCCUUUCCAAGUGCAGUUAGGAGAGGUUUUUGUUUCUACUGUUAAUCAAAUAUGCUUUUGAGACGCAUCUUUCGAGGGUUUGGGGCAGGGCCCGAUGUGCUGUGUCAGCUAAAUACUAAUGGAAAGGACAGUAACAGCACCGAUGACAAAACAGUAUGUCUAAGGGGAAAAAUCACCCCAAAUUUAGUUAAAUGUUAGUUUGAAAACCUGCUUUCUUCUUUUUGUUAGCCCUGUUAGCCAGCCCAGUGCACUGCUGUCUUUGCUAAAUAUGAAAAACAUUUAUUGCUGAGCAGGCUUUUGUGUUAAAAAUUAGUCUCUAUACAGGCCAAAAUACCAACUGAUGCUAUAUUGAGAUGAAUCCUUUGUUGUCACAUAUACAUUGUAAUUGUAAAUGUAUAGAGCUCAACCAUGUCUUAAGCCAAAUAAAGCUUCGGUUUCAAUGUUUGGAGACCUAAGUUGUAUUCUAAUCAGUCAUGGCCAUCAAUGCAUGCAUAUUUUAGCUCCUUUUUGCACAAGAGGCCUCUUAAUUUCUUUUUCUGCCUUUGACUAGCGGGUCUUAGAAAACUGACCUUUAUCUAAGUCAGAGUCUGUACUAAUAUUUCAGCUGCAUGCAACAUCCAUUGGUUUCUGAGCAAAAUAUAAAGACAGUUAUGUAGCUUCUGAAUUUUAACAGUUGCCUUGCUUAACAAGAAAAAAAAAAAGAAAAAAAGAAAAAAAAAGGAAAAAAGUAUUAAAAAAGAAAAAAAAAGGCAUGUGGAUUUAAUGGGACAUGUAGCCCUUUGUGUUAGAUGUUAGCCAGUGCAGGAGAGAGGCUUUGUACUGUCAGCACUGGAGCACUUUUGAAGAUAGAGGGCAUGAUUUUCAUUUAUAAGGAAGGUCACUGCCUUGCCCCUUGGAGAGGGAGUGCCUGUUUCCCAGCCACACGGCCUCAUGCCCUGGGCAAGGCAGAGAUCUUGAGAUAACUGAGACUCAGGCCCAGAUAUUUUCAGGAAAGAUGCAAAAGUGGGGGGGGAAAAUAAAAUGGUUUCUUUUUCGUUCUGUUUCUUGUUUCUUAAAUGAUGCCAUAUAAUAUAAAAGAGUUGUCUUUAUUCUGUCUUUCAUCCAGCAGGUGUUUUAAAAGUGUUAUUUUGUCAUUAAUGAUGUGUAAACUCUUGAGUGAUUUACAAUAAACAGUUACGAGUUA